ACAGAGAUGGUGACGUGCGCGGGGUACGUGCCGAGCCGAGGCGAGCGAAAGGCUUUAAAAAUCGCUCUCAAAGCGGCUGUUCCUGAAGCUGGAGGGAGCUGGACCUGGACCUGGACCCUAUUGGUGUGCGGGGGUGGAGCCGGGCACGGGAGCCGGAGCCGGAGCUGGAGCAGGAGCGGGAGGGACUAGAGACCUGAGACCAGGAGCGCAGACCGCUCAGAGCCAUCACUGACAGCAUGGGAGUGGUGGUGGCUGACGAUGGUCCAGCAGGCGUCAAGGCCCCAGAUGGUGGAUGGGGCUGGGCCGUCCUCUUUGGCUGUUUCAUCAUCACAGGCUUCUCUUAUGCCUUCCCCAAAGCAGUCAGCGUCUUCUUUAAGGAACUCAUCCGGGAGUUUGACAUUGGCUACAGUGACACAGCUUGGAUCUCAUCUAUCCUGCUCGCUAUGCUCUAUGGGACAGGUCCACUGUGCAGUGUGUGUGUAAACCGGUUUGGCUGCCGGCCGGUCAUGCUGGUGGGUGGCCUCUUUGCCUCGCUGGGGAUGGUGGCUGCCUCCUUCUGCACCAGUAUUAUUCAGCUCUACCUCACAGCUGGAGUCAUCACUGGCCUAGGCUUGGCACUCAACUUCCAGCCUUCCCUCAUCAUGCUCAACCGCUACUUUGACAAGAGGCGCCCCAUAGCCAAUGGUCUCUCAGCUGCAGGUAGUCCUGUGUUCCUCUGUGCACUCUCUCCACUGGGACAGAUCUUACAGGACCUUUAUGGAUGGCGAGGGGGCUUCCUCAUUCUGGGGGCUAUGCUGCUGAACUGUUGUGUAUGUGGGGCCCUGAUGAGGCCUCUGGAUGGUCCUAAGAAGCUUGAAGGAUCUGAGGUAGCAUCAAAGAAGAAGGCAAAGAAGCUUCUGGAUUUCAGUGUUUUCAAGGACCGUGGUUUUCUGGUCUAUACUGUCGCAGCUUCUAUUUUGGUACUAGGGCUCUUUGUACCUCCUGUUUUUGUGGUAAGCUAUGCCAAGGAUAUGGGAGUGUAUGACACCAAGGCUGCCUUCCUGCUGACCAUUCUUGGCUUCAUUGACAUUUUCGCCCGGCCCAUCUGUGGAUUUGUGGCUGGAACCAAGUGGGUCAGACCCCGCUGUGUCUACCUCUUCAGUUUUGCCAUGUUCUUCAAUGGCUUCACUGAUCUCAUAGGCUCCAUGUCAGAAUCUUACACUGGCCUAGUGGUCUUCUGUAUCUUUUUUGGCAUAUCCUAUGGCAUGGUAGGAGCCUUGCAGUUUGAAGUGCUCAUGGCCAUCGUUGGCACCCAAAAGUUCUCCAGCGCCAUUGGCCUUGUACUACUAAUGGAGGCAAUUGCUGUGUUAAUUGGACCCCCUUCUGGAGGCAAACUCCUGGAUGCGACUCACGUCUACAAGUACGUGUUUAUCUUGGCGGGAGCUGAAGUGGUCACCGCUGCCCUGGUGCUGGCUCUGGGCAAUGUCUUCUGUAUUAAGAAAAAACCAGAAGAACCUCAGACCAAAAAGGAGGUUGUGGAGAGGGAGGAGCUCUGCCAACUGGAAGACAAGUCUCCUGAGGAAGCUAGAAUGGACUCUGUUGAUGUGGAGUGCUUCUUGAAAGCAGAACCUGAGAAAAACGGGGAGAUUGUGACCAGCCCUGAGACUUCUGUCUGAACGGGAGCCCAGGGAGGGAGAGGGUUGAGGGAAAAGGUACAAAGAAUUUCAACACUCUUAUUUAUUUUAGAAAUAGGACUAGCUUAGGGCGGGGCCAUCGGCUUGACUCUGGUUGCCCGGUCAGCGGAUCAUUGCAUGGUCGUUUUUUGCGGGGUGGGGAGGUGGAAAGGUGGGGGAGGGGGGAAGGAGGAGAUGACUGGGUUGGGAACAUCUCAUUCCAAAUCAGAUCUGUGGUGAAGCCAAGUCGCAUGGUUACAACAUUUUUAUGCCAGGGAACUAGCCUGUGUCGAUCCAGUUUAGCAGUUCUGCUACCCAUCACUGUGCUGAAGUACCUAGAAACUCACACUUCAAAGAAAAAAUUAUUUUAAUCAGGGUUUGGGGAGGGGGAGUUAGGAAAGGGUGGGUACAUGGGGGAGGGGGCUGUUCCUAAGUUUAUCGCUAAUGUUGCUCAAUUGUGGCUUUCUUUUUUCAUUUGUGGUGUUGCUACCAUGUAAGUCUUCUCAAUGUUUUGUGUCAAGACCAAGGGGUCUUGACAUUUGGAGCGUUUGAGAUUAACGUUCAGUGUGGGAUUGAAAGAGCCUCAGGAACUCAGUCCUUUUCUGGGACAUUCAUAGACUCUCUUAAUUUGGGAGACAUAUGGCAUUACUUGGCUCAACCUAAAUAUCCUUUUUUACAGAUUACUUUUGUUAAGGAAAUGAUUAUUUCUCCCAAAUGGUUUUGUUUUCUUGUCUACAUGGGUCAACUUUUAAAGUGGCACUUUUAUGGUGAAUUGCAUAGGUGACAGAGUUCAUUCAUAUGUGGCAUCAAGAAGAUGCAGAAACAGUAUUAACUGGAACAGAGGCUGUGGGCCAUCAUAUAUGCAUAUUUGGGGGUUAGGUUGAGGACUUCCACUUUCUGGUCAUUCUAGGAAGCUGUGCAUCUUUCACAUAGUUUAUAGAACCGAAUGGGGCAUCAGGGCCACUUAGGGUAUCGUUUGAGUCACAAUGUGUGUUUUUGUUCCCUAUGUAUAAACAAAUACAACAACAACAAA